AUGCACGCGUGUCUUGGAUCUCCAUUACUCUCUCUUCUCUACGUCUUCUGUAUUCAUUCAACAGCAACAGGAAAAGUGGUUUUUCUUGAGGCACCAUCUGGUGUUGUGUACUACCCUCCAACAGGUCAUCUUGGAAAGGCUGUCGUGUGCAGGACGAAUGAAGCUGCAGAUAUCACAUGGGUUAGUACUCUGCAUGGCUCUCUUGAUGCAACAACAUUUAAUAUCACGAGAGUCUCGGACACGAAGAGUGUGAUGUACCUGACGGUCGAGUUUAUUCACUUGAAUCCGAUUAUUGGAGGGACUUUGACUACAGGUUCUCUGCACUGUUUUGCAAAUGGUGUCAAGAGCAGUACUUUUAAGAUCCAAGAAGGAAAUUUGCCAGUUAUUGUUGUCAACCCUACGAGUAUAUCUAUAACAGAGAAAGGUACAGUACAACUGUCUUGUGGCUAUGAAGACAACAGGCCAUCACCUACUGUCUUCAAGUGGAGAUUCGUGGACAAGAGCGGUACAGUGAAGAUUUUGGAUCGGACAAAUGUUCCUAAGGACAGAUACAGUGGUCUAAAGAUUGAAUCGGCCAAUAGGUCAGCUGCAGGCAGCUAUGCUUGUAUGGUGGGAAAUGAAUUUGGUAGCUCACUGUCUUCUCCAGCAAUUCUGACUGUGAAGUACUUUGGAGACGUCACUCUCACUCUCAGUCCAGGCACUGUUGUCGUUCAAAACACAUCAACAACAAUAAAAUGUAUUGUCGACGCAGUCCCACCAGCAACCGACAUACAACUCAUUCACAACUCCCAACGUAUCACACAAACUGGGCACAAGUCUAACAAUCGUCUGAUCUACACAUUUAUUGCAUUGAAAAACUGGAAAGGAUCUUUUACAUGCACGGCCUCAAACUCAAUCGGUAGCAAUCGCAAUACAGUUGAUUUGACUGUUCAAGUUCCUCCUGCUGCUCCUCGUGUUGAUAUCAAUAGAAAUAGAUUGUCUACUCAUUCAGUGGAGUUUUUAUGGAUGUUGGGUGCUGAUGGUUAUUCACCCAUUACAAAUGUCAAAGUUACAUGUUUGGAUGUCGUUCAUGGUUCAACACAUUCUUGUGUAUUCGACUCGGUUGUUAAGAUCUCUGGUGUGUUGACGGGUCUCAUUCCUGGUUCAUUGUAUCAAUGUUUUAUUGUGGCUUGUAACAAAGUGGGUGAAAGUCCCAGCAGUGAACUGUUUAAUGUCACCACACAUACAGCAGCUCCUGCCAAACCUGUUCUCAAUGUCAAGCCGAUUUCUAGGAACGAGACGAGUGUUACAAUCCAUUGGAAUGUUGAUUACAACGGUGGCCAUGUAAUAACCCAAUACACAAUCAGGUGGAGAUCAGCAGCUUCCACUGCCUCACUGCACGAAGUGACAGUGCCUGUUCCUUCUCGUGAUGGACUCAUAAACCAGCAGCAUGGGAUGUGGAUAUUAACAGGGUUGAACAAAGGAACCAACUAUUUCUUUGAGAUCGAGGCAAUGAAUGAUGUUGGACUGAAUACAUCAGAUGUGGUUAAAUAUACAACAUCAUGCUAUCCUGCUGCAUUGUCUUAUCCUCUGAUUACAAACAUACAUACAUCGACAUCGUCGAGUGUCAGAUUUGUAGUCGACGUUCCUAGAGGCAAUGGUUGUGGUGUAAUAACUGACUAUUAUGUUACUGAUUGGGUGACAGGGAAGCAUCUUAAUUCAGUGUAUGUUGUCCAAGAUGGAUUGGUGACUGUGACUGUGAUUGACUUGGAGGCAGGACGUGAGUAUGAUGUUGUGUUGUACACUCGAAAUCAGUGGGGAGAAGAGAGACGAGGAGCUCGUGUGUCGUUUCAAGUAGAUGAGGAUAUAAAUUCAACUACAGACCCUGGUCCUCAUAGUUCAGAUGAUGGUUUGGGCUCUGGUCAAACUGUAGCCGUUAUUGUUAUGUGUGUGGUCGUAUUACCAGCCAUUCUACUCGCUUUCAUAUUUUGUCUCUACAAGAAACACAGAUCAAGAAAGGAUGACGACGAUGAUGACACUCUUGAUUUUGUGCCUGGAAUAUUCAAGCGAACAACAACUCCACAAUACGGAUACGACGAAUCUGAUACAAAACCUCAUCCUGGUCCUAAUAGUGGCAGCACGUAUGUUAAUCUUUCUGGAUCUAAGAGAAGAAUUCGACAGCCUUCUCUAACGUUGGUGACCUUACCUGGAGAACAUGAAGUUAACAGUGGCAGUUUGCCUCUACAGAAAGUCGAUAUUUCGUCAUCAGAUUAUUGUGAGAAGACUAUGGAGGAGCUGCUGCAAGAAUCAUAUGUUGAUAUGAAGGCUCGAACAAGUGGCAUUGUAUCUAAACUGGUUUUUAUUAAAACGAUGGAACGAGCAUCACCUGAUGGAAGUCAUACUCCUGUAGUGGUGAGUGUCACCUCCUCUGAGAAAGCUGGAAUUGUGGAUGAUGACAGGACAGCUCAAUCGAGUCCAGGCAGCUCGGGGUAUGCUCCAUGUGCUUCAGAACUGAAUGACACAACUCACGGACACGAACUGAAAGCAAGCAUAUACAGCAAUGUGUUGACUUCAGGUGAAGAUAAUCAGGAACACGAUCACGUGGAUAUACAAACAGUCGAACCUAACAGAAAUGAUGAGAAUGGCCAGUUUGAUGACGUUGAAAACACAUACAUGGAGAUGAAACUGUCCAUAUCCAAUAACAAACAGAAUGAGACAGGCAAGAAAUACGAAGUCGGUGACUCUGAAAACGAGUCUCAAUGUGGAAAGAAUCUGUCCACACUAGUGUGAUGAUGACAACAUGGAACAUUGGGAACAGGUUGGUAGAUUAGAGUAGAGAAGCCAUAGACAUCAGUAGUUACUAAUCUCUUCAUAUGCUCGCCCUAUGUAAGCCAUCCCCAUAGAUUUAUAGAACUGCAUGCUGGCAUCAGUAAUUAAUUAAUAGACAUAUCUAUUGUGCUGUAGCCUGUAGGAUAGUAGACUGGUAUAUACACCAACUGAACUGCGGCCGAUCACCAUAGUAAAUAUUAUUACUCUAUUUGCCACAAAUCCCAUUCACUAUCAUUUGUACUACACAAUCAUAACCAUUUGUACUUCUCUUUGUAACUCGUAGCACUCUAUGCUCUGUCAAUAUAUCAAUGUAUUUCUAAAAACAAAAGGUAAAAUGCUAAAUAGUAACAGCCAUAUAUAUAUAUGUCAACUGAAAACAAUGCACAUCAAGAA